AUGCAGUUCCUCCAUUCCUGGCCCAUUUCUCCAUUCCUGGCCCCCGUUCCCGUUCCCUCCUUCCUGGCCCCCGUUCCCGUUCCUCCAUCCUGGCCCCGUCCCAUUCCUCCAUUCCUGGCCCCGUUUCCCCGUUCCUCCAUUCCUGGCCCCCGUUCCCGUUCCUCCAUUCCUGGCCCAUUCCCGUCCUCCAUUCCUGGCCCCCGUCCCAUUCCAUUCCUGGCCCCCGUUCCCAUUCCUGCCCCCGUUCCCAUUCCUCCAUUCCUGUUCCCGUUCCUCCAUUCCUGGCCCCCGCUCCCAUUCGUCCAUUCCUGGCCCCCGUUCCUGUUCCUCCAAUCCUGGCCCGUCCCAUCCUCCAUUCCUGGCCCCCUUCCCGUUCCUCCAUUCCUGGCCCCCGUUCCCCGUUCCUCCAUUCCUGGCCCCCGCUCCCCCAUUCCUGGCCCCCGUUCCCGUUCCUCCAUUCCUGGCCCCCGUUCCCGUUCCUCCAUUCCUGGCCCCCAUUCCCGUUCCUCCAUUCCUGGCCUUCCCGUUCCUCCAUUCCUGCCCCCGUUCCCAUUCCUGUUGGCCCCCGUUCCCGAUUCUGGCCCUUCCAUUCCCCCAUUCCUGGCCCCGUUCCCGUUCCUCCAAUCCUGGCCCCCUUCCCAUUCCCUCCAUUUCCUGGCCCCCAUUCCCGUUUCCUCCAUUCCUGGCCCCCGCCCCAUUCGUCCAUUCCUGGCCCCUUCCCUUCCUCCAUUCCUGGCCCCCGUUCCCAUUCCUCCAUUCCUGGCCCCCGUUCCCGUUCCUCCAAUCCUGGCCCCCGUUCCCGUUCCUCCAUUCCCACCGCGCCCCUCUCGCCUAACUCCGUCUCUCCCGGUGAAGGACGACCUCCCUUCGAAGACGACCCAUGUGUAG